CUUUCUUUUUGUCCUACAGUUUUCCAAGUCAAAUGGUCUCAAGAUUGACCUUCCUCAAAUCAAGCUAGAAGAGCAUGGAUAUGCAACGGAAGAGGAUGUCCUUAUAUCUUUGAAGAGGGCAAUUAGCCGUUAUUCCACUCUCCAGGCACAUGAUGGGCACUGGCCGGGAGAUUACGCCGGCACUUUAUUUCUCUUGCCCAGCUUGAUUGUGGCAUUGCAUGUGACUGGAGCACUGAAUACUGUCUUGACAUCUGAACAUCAUAAAGAGAUGCGGCGAUAUCUCUACAAUCAUCAGAAUGAAGAUGGAGGCUGGGGACUGCACAUUGAGGGAACAAGUACAAUGUUCUGUUCUGUCAUGAACUAUGUUGCUUUGAGAUUGCUUGGGGAAGGGUUGGAUUCAAGUGGAGAAAUGCUGCAAGCUCGGAGUUGGAUCUUGGACCAUGGAGGAGCAACUUUAACACCAUCUUGGGGAAAAUUCUUUCUUUCGGUCCUCGGGGUAUAUGACUGGUCCGGAAACAACCCAUUGCCACCAGAAAUAUGGAUGCUUCCCUAUUUCUUGCCUAUUCACCCAGGACGCAUGUGGUGUAAUUGCCGACUGGUAUAUUUGCCCAUGUCAUUCUUAUAUGGGAAGAGGUUCGUGGGUGCUAUGACAUCAGUUGUCCUAGACUUGAGGAAAGAGCUAUACAAUGUCCCAUACGAUGUGAUUGACUGGGAUAAGGCUCGCAAUGGAUGUGCCAAGGAAGAUCUCUAUUAUCCCCAUUCACCACUGCAGGAUAUUGUAUGGGGUACUCUAAAUAAAAUUGGUGAACCAGUUCUUAUGAACUGGCCUGGCAGCAAAUUGCGGGAGAAAGCUCUGGACAUUGUCAUGAAACAUAUUCAGUAUGAGGAUGAAACAACACAAUAUAUAUGCAUUGCUCCUAUGAACAAGAUGUUGAAUAUGAUUUGCCGCUGGGUAGAAGAUCCAAACUCAGAGGCAUUCAAACUCCAUACUGAAAGAAUCUAUGAUUUCUUAUGGGUUGCUGAAGACGGCAUGAAGAUGAAGUCUUAUAAUGGCAGCCAGCUGUGGGAUACAGCUUUGACAGUUCAGGCUAUAUUUGCUACCGGCCUCACAGAAGAGUUUGGCCAGACAAUUAAACUUGCCCAUGAUUAUAUCAAACGUUCCCAGAUUCUUAUGGACUGUCCUGGAGAUCAAAGCAAAUGGUAUCGUCAUAUAUCUAAAGGUGGAUGGACACAUUCAACAGCUGAUGAAGCGUGGCCUGUAUCAGAUUGUACUGCGGAAGCACUGAAGGUUUUGUUGUUGUUAACUAAGUUUCCUCCUGAAUUGGCUGGUGAGCCCAUGGAAACAAGCAGGCUUGAUGAUACAGUCAACAUUUUGUUGUCUUUGAUGAACGACGAUGGUAGUUUUGGUGCAUAUGAGCUAACAAGAUCUUAUGAAUGGCUUGAGUUGCUCAAUCCUUCCGAGAGCUUUGGGGGCAUAAUGAUCGAGUAUCCAUAUGUUGAGUGUACAUCAUCAGUAAUUCAAGGUCUAGUGCUAUUCAGAGAAACCUACCCCAAACAUUGUCGCAUGGAAGAGAUAGACAACUGUAUCAGAAAGGCUGCAGACUACAUUGAGAGAAUCCAACGGAGUGAUGGAUCAUGGUAUGGCUGUUGGGCUAUUUGUUUCACCUAUGGUACAUGGUUUGGGGUGAGAGGAUUGGUUGCUGCUGGUAGGACUUACAAAAACAGCCAAGCAAUCAGAAAAGCGUGUGAAUUUCUGCGAUCCAAGGAGCUUCUUCCGUCAGGAGGAUGGGGAGAAAGCUACCUCUCCAGUCAAGACAAGGUUUACACCAAUCUUGAUGGGAACCAGGCUCAUGCAGUUAACACCAGUUGGGCCAUGUUGGCCUUGAUUGAUGCCGGGCAGGGCAAAAGAGAUCCUGCCUGUCUACAUAGAGCAGCCAAGGUUCUGAUCAAAUUCCAAUCAUUGGACGGAGAGUUCCCUCAACAAGACAUUAUCGGAGCUACAAACCACAACCUCAUGCUCACUUAUGCCCAGUUCAGGAACAUCUUCCCUAUCUGGGCUCUUGGGGAGUAUUAUCGCAGAGUGCUGGAAGUAUAAAAGGACUAACCAUUUUAUACAGUGGUUAAGAAGACAUACUUUUCUUGUGCUCUACAUCUCAUCCUGAGAUGUAUAUAAAUAUAACGUACAGAAUGUUGAUCUUUCUUGUAUAUAGUACUGGUGGGCUUCAACAUUCCUUUAGCCACUCCACAUCGGCAGAAGAUCUAUUUGGCAUGACCAAAGAGAAGGUUGAUGCCCACAUCGUUGUACACCACAUGGUUGUACACGCUAGCUCUUAGUAGUAGUAGAUAGUAUGCUCCUACAAUGUUAUUAGGUUUAGUCGUAAGCUAAAAAAGAACCGGAACAAGGAUUUUGUGAUACUAAAUAUGUCACCCUUGUUUGUAAUCAAAUGGUCUUUUUAUA